AAAGCUGGAUGGUGUCUCAUUAAGCGACUGUGUUAUCGUGAGCGGUUUUAGUGAUAUAACUACAGCUGAUACCCUAGAAUUGUACUUCGACAACAAGAAACGAUGUGGAGCAGAAGGUGUAAGGGAUGUGAAAAUGGAUAGACAACUAGGAAAAUGUUGGAUUUAUUUCAAAGAUCCUAAAUCUGCUGUGGAAGUUUGCAGACGUUCACAUGAAGUUGACAGUCAAAGGUUAUCUGUUCUAAUGCCUGACGAAACUUAUCAGGUCCAUAAUCGACUCCAUGUGAAAGAAAACGGAUCUAGCGAAUAUACAACCACCGAAGCACAAGUGGCUGUGGAAAAAUUUCGUAAUCCUGAGUCUGUCAAAUUCCAGUCGAUCGAUCACAGAAAACUAGAGUUUUUAAUGAACUUACCAAUAGAAAAAGCAGUCUUUGAAAAUGAUUUACUUUUUAAUCAUGCUCGUGUGAAAUGGCCAGAAGAAACUAGAAUUUACUGUACAGUUGAAAUCAUCAGUACUUUAACAAAACAUACGGAGAACUGUUUAAGUUUAUCUAAAAUUUGGACAACAGCAAUCACAAAACAAACAGAAAAAUUCUUUGAUAAGUUAAUCGUCAAUGAGUUGGAUAUUUCACAGGUUGUCUGGGACAAGGUAAUGACAUAUUUACAAACUGAAAAGAAGCAGGUAAUUGUCGAAGUAGACAGGAAGUUGCACAAAGUAUUUAUCGUUGGUCACAAAAUCUCAGCAAAUGAAACGACAAAGAUCAUUGAAGAUAUUAUCGAAACAGACUUGCAGAAAAGAAAAAGCCACUGUAUUGAAAAAGUGAACACCAAGGAUAUCUAUACAAGUGUGUGCGUCUCUUGUGGAGCGUUUUCUGAUCAAUUCAUACAAUAUGUUUCAAUGCCGGAAGUUAGCAAUUUUGUUGAAAAUCAGUUCGAAAAAAACAAUAUUUUUGGCGUUUGGGAAUUUCAAGAGAGCAAUGUCAUUAAGAUGUACUCUCAUUCCGAAGUUAAAGCCAAGUUGGCUGAAGAUAUAUUAAGAAAAUCAAUAUUCAGUAGAGAAAUUAACAUUUCUGGAAGUAAUUAUAUUGCUGUUGAAAGCAAGCAGUGGUUGGAAGAACUUAAAGCCAUUCAAAGGAACUAUCAGAAAGCAAUAAUUACCGUUUUUACAGUUCACGAGAUUUCUGCUAAAAAAGUCUUCAUUUAUUCUAUUUCAUCGGAGGCAGUGAGUCACGUUUAUCGAGAUAUCAAUAGGUUUCUUUCAAAAUCUGAUAUUAGUAAACCUCUGUGUAUGAAUAAAGAAAUGUUAAAGAUGAGGAAAAUGCACAUGAGAACAAAUAAAUGGAUAACACCGACUGGUCAGUCUAUUUAUACACGUAUUGGAGACAUAACAUGCUUAGAUGUGGAUGUCAUUGUUAAUCCUGUAAACAAAGAACUUCAACUAAGAAGAGGAUUAUCAAAAAUUAUACGUGACAAAGGUGGUAAGAGUACUGAGAAGGAGUUUUAUGAUUUGACCAAACAACAAAAAAUGUUACAAGAGGGAGAUGUAUUGUACACAUCUGCAGGAAAUCUUCCAUGUAAAUGGAUAGUUCACGCUAUAACUCCUCAAUGGACGGAAGGACGUCGACAAUUCAGAAAACUUUAUAAGUGUGUUAGUUCGUCCUUUAAUACAGCUAACCAGCUAAAAUGUGCUUCAAUUGCGAUCCCAGCACUUAGUGCUGGUAUGUCUCGUUUUCCAGCAAACUUGUCAACAAAAACCAUUGUAAAGUCCAUACGUGACUACAUGAAAGAGAGAGGACGCGAUUCAUCAAUUCAACACGUGUAUCUCUGUGACAUAAACAAUGAUACUGUUGGUUUCUUUGAGUCUGCUUUAGUUGAGUAUUUUCCCUAAACAAGACAUCAUCUUUUGUCGAAUUUUAAGCCUAACAUCAUUUGAAAAGUAAUAGAUGUAUUUGUCAAAAGAAAAUAGUAGUGUAAUAUAUAAUAUUGUUAUAUAAUUUUAACAAUUCAAAUCCAUAAAGGCAAAUUGUUGGUAAAAACAAGUGAUUGUUUUAUUUGGAUGUAGCGUUCUAUUAUGCAUUUAAAGACAAUUGUUAUAUCAGUCUUAAAUAUUACAAAUUUGUCGACACGGAAAUAUAUCGCCCAUCGGUAG